CUGCGGACUACUGGGAGCCCUACAGUCCUGAGACCCCGUCCGACUGAACCGAGCCAGAGACACCCCUAACGGACCGGACGGACCGGGACCAGGACCCCCCCCCGCCAGCUGGCUGCCCCGCCCCCCUCAGCACCCCGCCCCCCUCGCCCUCCCCUCAUGGAGAGGAUGAGAAAGAUCAAGCGGCAGUUGUCAUUCACCCUGGGGAGGGGAGGGGCCGUGGGAAGGGACACCAUCAACCAGGAAGUGACAUCACACAGUGAUUCAGAGGUGUCGUCUCUUCACUCUUCUUCUGGAGGUUUAAAGGUCCGAGGUUCGUCUUCAUCAGUUCAGUCUCUUCUUCAGUCGUACAGCAGCUCGCUGAGAAAACCUGGAGGCCUGGGACGCAGUCUGAGCUCCUACCUGAACCACACGGCCCGACUGGAGAUCGUCCAUGAGGAUGUGAAGAUGUGUUCAGAAGGAGAAAGUGAUCCGUCCUCUUCUUCGGUUCUCGUUCAGAGUCCAGUUAGAGUGAGACUGAGGAACAAGAAGAUAUCAACCGAGGACAUUAACAAACGUCUCUCAUUACCGGCGGACAUUCGUCUUCCAGACGAUUAUUUGGACAAGUUUAAUCUGAUUGGUCCCGCUCUGUUUGAGCAGCCAAUCAGUAGACGUCUGCGUCGAGUGUCUCUGUCAGAGAUUGGUUUUGGGAAACUGGAGACGUACGUCAAACUGGACAAACUAGGAGAGGGAACCUACGCCACCGUGUACAAAGGUCGCAGUAAACUGACGGAGAACCUCGUGGCCUUGAAGGAGAUUCGACUGGAACACGAGGAAGGAGCUCCGUGUACUGCUAUCAGAGAAGUGUCUCUGUUGAAGGAUCUAAAACACGCCAACAUCGUCACGCUUCAUGACAUCAUCCACACACAAAAGUCCCUCACACUGGUGUUUGAGUACCUGGACAAAGACUUGAAGCAGUAUCUGGACGACUGUUCAAACAUCAUCAACGUUCACAACGUGAAACUCUUCCUCUUCCAGUUGUUACGAGGUUUGUCAUACUGUCAUCGGAGGAAAGUUCUCCACAGAGACCUGAAGCCUCAGAACCUGCUGAUCAACGAGCGAGGAGAACUCAAACUGGCCGAUUUCGGUCUUGCGCGAGCCAAAUCCAUCCCCACAAAGACGUACUCUAAUGAGGUGGUGACGCUGUGGUACCGCCCCCCUGACAUCCUGCUGGGCAGCACUAAUUACUCCACUCACAUCGACAUGUGGGGCGUUGGUUGUAUCUUCUAUGAGAUGACGACAGGGCGACCUCUGUUUCCUGGUUCCACUGUGGAGGAGGAGCUUCACUUCAUCUUCAAGCUCCUGGGUACUCCCACAGAGAACAGCUGGUCUGGGAUCAGCUCCAAUGAGCAAUUUGUGGGGCACAACUACCCUCUUUACCGAGCAGAGCGACUGAGUACCCACACUCCCAGGCUCAGCAGUGACGGAGUCGACUUGUUGUCAAAGUUCCUUCAGUUCGAAGGGAAGAAAAGGAUCUCUGCGGCCGAGGCGAUGAGUCAUCGUUAUUUCAGUAACCUUGGAAACAGAGUGGUGACGCUUCUCGAUACAAAGUCCAUCUUUAGUCUGCAAGAGAUUCAACUGGAAAAAGAAACGAUGAGACCAGUGAGCGCCGAUCCAGAUAACAGUCCGGCUAAAAGGUGUGGCCUGCUCCUCUGACAUCAUCGUGGGGGCGUGUUCUGCCUCAAUGACAUCAUCCUAUUUCAGGAUUAAAGGGAAACUGAAAGAACCAAUGACUUUCUAUCGAGAGAAGAAGAAGAAGAAGAAGGAGGCGGCUUCUUGUUCAGAAACGUUGAUGCAAUAAUGGGUCACAGCAGCCAUCUGACCAAUCAGCAACCAGCAAGUUGUGACAUCAGUCACUUCAGAACAAUGAGUUCAACAACAGACGAGUUACAGGUUAUUUAACAGUCUUCCAUUUUCAGAUUCAACUCAAAUGACUGUUGUCAUGGAUACGCCUGAAUACAGGUAACACCUGCAUGUGCAGCAUCGUCCUUCAUUCCACUAAAAUGAUAUUAGUUUUAUUUAAAAAGAAACACAACCAUCAAAGUUUAUCCUCAACGCAGACGGACCGACUCCAACCCGUUUGGUACCAACUGAAUGUAACUAUAGUAACCGUCAGUGAACAAUCAAUAAAGGAUGUUCUACCUUUUUAAAGUUCAGAGACAAUAAUUGGUUUGGAGCUGCUGUUUGUGUACUUGUCAUAGUACAGUAUAACCUUUACAGUACUAUUACACUAUUUACACUUCUACCUUUUAUAAAAGUCUUUUGUUUCAACCGGAAAUCCGCAGAAUAGAAAGUUUUAAGUUUAAUAAUAAAAGUGAACUAGUUUCUACUGUUCUGCAUGUGUGUAGUACACUCAAACUGUAAUACUGGUAAUAUAUGUAGUAAACAAUACAGUGAUACUGUGAUUAUAUACGCAGUCUAAAACAGCUCUUUUCUUCACAAUGAUCAUUUGAUUCAUAACAUGUUGAAUAGCUUUUAUUCAGAAAUCCGAGGAAGACGACGUGACGUCAGCAGAGCCUCACCUGAGCAUGGGGGCGGGGCUUAGUGAUGUCUGCUACCUGUCGGCCCUAUUUCCACCUCUAGUAUUUCUACAAGGAAAGUCACGUACAGGCUUUAGAAACAGAAGGUGUUCAAUAUUUAGCAGUCAAAUCAACUUAUUUACAGCAUAUUAAACAUCUUCUUUCUUUACAAAUCGUUUAAUACGCAUGAGAAUCUGUACGUUCUGGGCGGCCGUAUCUUGAACUGAGGCCGUGCUUUGGACUUUGAGAAUAUUGUCCUUCAGAAAAAGGAAUUCUCUUAGAAUUGUUUGUGGGAUUCUCAGGUUUUGGAGCAUUAAGAUAUUUCGCACAAACUUUUGCUGAUGUGAAUUUUAAUUUUGUAUCUGUAGAUGUUUGUAUGUGAAAAGAUCAAAAUGUACAGUGACCAUUGAAAGAAAUCAUAUUGAUUCAUGUUUUGUUGUGAUUAGUAAUGAGAGGAAACGGGAGCGUUUCAAACUGAGGUGAUGUUCCUCAGCUGCUGUUCCAGUUUGACUCGGACCAGAAGAAUCCGGGUCACUGAACCAGGUUCAGGCUGCUGAAGAAACAUUAAAGUUGACUUGUUGCACACACUAAAUUCAAUAAGUACUGAGCAAAUAGGAAUAUUAAUAUAUAACGUUUUCAUCCUCGGUUACUAACCGUCACCAUGAAGAAAUGAUUAAAGAUAGAAACAAACGCUUGUUGAAGAAGGUCAGAAGGUUUCCAUUUGUAGAAAUAUCUGGUUCUCCACUAAUUAGUCUGGUUUAGAAUAAUCCGACUUGAGCUGUUGGAUCCAAAUCUUGUUUUCUCUGCUUUGUGUUGACACCAAAGUUCUCUGCAAUAUUUUGUAUGAUGCGAUUCUUCCAGAUAACUUCUUUGAAUGUUCUUCCAUCUGCAAAGAAAGCACUGUAUCUUCUGCUGUAACGGAUCUGCAAUAACUGAUCUGCAUACUAUGAAUACCAAUGAAAGUAUGGAGAAUUAAUUUAUAUAUAUAUUCUAUGUACAAUUAUGUUGACUACAUGUAUUCUGGAUAUGUUUACAGUAUGAAUAUACAUUAAAAGUAUUUAUCUGC